AUCAUCCCAGUGCGCUGUUUCUCGUGCGGCAAGGUUGUGGGGGACAAGUGGGCGACGUACAUGCGCUUACUGGCGGAGAACGUCUCUGAAGGUGAUGCUCUGGACCAGUUGAACCUCAGACGAUACUGCUGCCGGCGUAUGGUCCUCACCCAUGUCGAUUUGAUUGAGAAGUUGCUGCACUACAACCGUACGCGCGCUUGUCCGUAUAUUUGGCCAGCCCACUGA